AUGGAUGCCUGGGAUAACAGUGAUGAAUUCAUUCAGCGCCUGGAUUUUUCCAGUUGUGGUGAAGAUAGUGAAGAUGAAAGUGUACAUGAGGAUGACCCAAGCUUGAGCUCCCCCAGGAGCUGUGAGUUCCAGAAGUGGCAGGAGAGCAGUCCUCUGCCAGCAACCCCUCAGAGAAAGCUUAGUGAGAUUUACCUGAGCAGGACAAAAGCCUGGGUGAGUCCCACCCUAAAGCCUUCCCUGGUUGUAAGCAAGAGCCGGGGUAAUGCUGAGACACCACUGCACAUCACCUGGAAAAAGCUACAGCUGUGUGACACCCCACACACUCCCAAGAGCCUGUUAUCGAAGACAGCUUUUCCUUCACCUGGGACAAAGGCCCCACCAAAAGGCUUCCGACACCUGAGAUUUACUCCUGGUGCUGACUCAGAUGACUUCACCCAAGCUUCUCUUGUCAACAUUAAUCCCUUUACACCAGAGUCAUAUCGACAAAUGCUCUUUCGUCCUAACGGCAAGCGGAAGACCAGAGAAGAGCUGAGGGAUCCUGAUCCAAGAAACCAGAUAAAACAGGAACUACCCACAACGAGAUACCCUCUGAAAGAGAGCAAUAUGGUUUCCCGCUACAAGAAGGAGUUCCUGGAACUAGAAAGAAUUGGUGUGGGGGAAUUUGGCUCUGUCUACAAGUGCAUCAAACGUCUUGAUGGAUGUGUUUAUGCCAUCAAACGCUCCAAAAGGCCUCUGGCAGGAUCCUCGGAUGAGCAGCUGGCGCUGCGCGAGGUCUAUGCUCACGCUGUCCUUGGGCACCACCCCCACGUUGUGCGCUACUACUCAGCGUGGGCAGAGGAUGAUCACAUGAUUAUCCAAAACGAGCACUGCAAUGGUGGGAGUCUCCAAGAUGUGCUGAUGGAAAAUGCAAAGCUUGGCCAGUAUUUCACAGAAACAGAGCUGAAGGACAUAUUGUUGCAAGUCUCCAUGGGGCUCAAAUACAUCCACAACUCUGGCCUUGUGCACCUGGAUAUCAAACCUAGUAAUAUCUUCAUCUGCCACAAGCUGGUAGUUGUGGGCCCUGCUGGGCAGGAAGAGAGCGACAGUGAAGAUGAAUUUUCUUCUGGUGUGGUGUAUAAGAUUGGUGACCUUGGCCAUGUGACAUCAAUAACAAAUCCCGAGGUGGAGGAGGGAGACAGACGGUUUUUGGCCAAUGAGGUUUUGCAAGAGCAAUACUGCCACUUGCCCAAGGCAGACAUCUUUGCCCUGGCACUCACAGUAUCUCUAGCAGCUGGCGCGGCACCGUUGCCUCACAAUGGGACCAUGUGGCACCACAUCCGCCAAGGCAACAUCCCAGCCAUCCCCCAGAAGCUUCCUCAUUGCUUUCUUGAGCUCCUCAAGCUCAUGAUCCAUCCUGAUCCAGUGGAACGACCUUCUGCCACAGCUCUUACUAAACAUCCAGUUCUCUGUCCUUCACGUGGAAAAGCUGUGCAGCUCCAGAAGCAGCUAAAUGUGGAGAAGUGCAAGACUGCCAUGCUGGAAAGGGAACUUAAAGCAGCCCGCCUUGCCCAGACCCUCAUGAAGGACCAGCCCUUAGGAAGUGCCAAGUUGCAAGAGUCUGAAACCUCUUCUAAGCAGAAGAGCAAACGCCUGGUGGGAGGGAAGAGCUGUCGCUCAUUUAGCUUUACACUGGGCUACUGA